AUAAUUCGGCUUUUUCCGUCCCCUGCGGCGUCCGUCACAUGGGCUGUCUUCAAGCCCACUCCCUGACGCAGCACAGACUCCAUUUUGUUUGAUUCUGGAGUUUGUAGCCACUGUCGACAGCCUGCAAGAAAAAUUACCACUACAACCCCUCAAAGCUGAUAAAGCAUCACCAUCGCCAUGAGUGGAUGUCGUAUUUUCAUCGGGCGGCUGAGCCCGUCGGCCAGAGAGAAGGAUGUGGAGAGGUUCUUCAAAGGAUACGGCCGCAUCCGAGAUAUUGACCUCAAGAGAGGCUUCGGUUUUGUGGAGUUUGAUGACCCUAGAGAUGCUGAAGAUGCUGUAUAUGAACUCGAUGGCAAAGAGCUGUGCAAUGAAAGGGUAACCAUUGAGCAUGCUCGUGUACGUCUGCGAGGUGGUCGUGGCAGAGGUGGUGGCGGUGGAGGAGGACGUUUCUCUGACCGCUAUGGCCGAGGCUCCCAGAACAGUCGGAGUCGAAACCCUCCCCCAAUGCGCACUGAGAAUCGUCUGAUUGUGGAGAAUUUAUCCUCUCGUGUCAGCUGGCAGGACCUGAAAGAUUUCAUGAGACAAGCUGGAGAGGUGACAUUCGCAGACGCACAUCGUCCCAAGCUCAACGAAGGGGUGGUUGAGUUUGCCUCUUACAGUGAUCUGAAAAAUGCCCUUGAGAAACUGUCUGGAAAGGAAAUCAAUGGCAGGAAAAUCAAGCUCAUUGAAGCAGCCAAGAAGAGAUCGAGAAGUCGUUCACGAUCCGAGAGCUCCUCCCGCUCGCGGUCCCGUUCCCGUGGUCGCUCUCCAUCUCGCUCCCCCAGACGAUCCCGUAGCCCCACCAAGGCCCACAACCGUUCUCGCUCCCGCAGCGGCUCCCCUGUCGGUGGAACCUCCUCCCCCAAAUCAAAGGAGCCGGUCAAACGCUCCUCCAAGACGAGUAAGUCUGCCACUCCACCCUCCCCUCCACCUGCUCAGAGAGCCUCUGUCUCCCGUUCCCGCUCCCGUUCACGCUCCCGCUCUCGUUCGCCUUCUACUGACAGCCAGCGCUAACAGCUGUGUUUAGCUAAUUGGGAACGAACAGUGGAAGCAACUUGUUUCAUCAUAAGACUCAGCUUGGAUGAGUUGGCCGCAGGAGCUCCCAUUUUCCUGUGACCUCCACUGAAAGCUGAGAGGAAAGUUUUCCUUGAGUACGAUUUGUUUUUCCCCUGUCUGGAUUUUUCUCGUGACCGUCUUUAAGUUUGUUUGUUUUUUUUUUUUUUACAUCUACACAAAUACAUUAUCAGACAUGAACAGCGAUGUUUAGUCCCAUAUUUUGUUUUCAUGAAAAUAAUUAACUUAGAUAACUCCCAGUUAAUUCAUCCUGUUAGGUUUCAGGUGCAGCAAUGCAGCACCAUUGCUUUUUCUCACAAACAGUUGAGUGAACCAGCGUCACUGUAAAUUAAUCUCUGCUCUCUGAUAAACUUCAGACAGGGAUUCUGUGUUUUCCAAUAGUACUAUGAUGAUUUUGAUAAAUAGUGUGACCACUUUCUUUACUCUUUCUAUGAUACUUUUGCUUGUUGGUGGGAGAAUUGUCAUGUUUUUGUCCUUAUCGCUCAUGUUUUCCAAGCCUUUUCACCUUUUCUCCAUGUGUUCUUACCUAUUGUACCUACCACGGCUGGUGUGUGUGUAUCUAUUACUUGGGAUGCUUGCAUGUGCUUUUGUUUGAUCGAAAUUUAGCAUCUAGUUAUUGGACAUACUUUAUUUGUGCUUAAAGCCCGAAUAUGAACCACCAUUAUUACUAGCAUUGGCACCCUGUGUAUCAAGAACAUCAGUGGACAAAUACCACACAUAACUCCUGCAGGUAAACAGCUCUACAGUAAUUUAAUGUCUACAUUCUUGCAGUUACCGUUGAACUUUUAUUUUAUUGAGAGAUGUAACACAUUUGAAGAUAAAGUCAACAAUUUAAAUUUGCUGUUUUGCAAUGGUGUUUCUUACAGAAUGCCGUUUAUUCCAGCAUUGUAAUGUUGAACUUUUUUGAAAUUUUAUUUUAUUUAGGACUUUGUGUUCUGAUUGCAGACUUCUGUUUAAAUGUAAUUCCAAGAAUACAUGUUGGUACUGUGACUGAUGUUACUGUGGUUCAAAUGAACAUGUAAACAAGAGUUUGGAAAAACACAUUUUUGUACAUGAGGAUUUUAUUUUCAGUGAAAAAUCUGAUGGAUGUUUGUAUGAUGUAGGAUGACAGUAGACUUAACCAAUAAAACAAUUUUAAUUAAA